AUGCCUCUCCCGAGCGUCGGAGUUUUUGGCAGAAGCAUUGCGCCUGUGCUCGAGAUCAAGCCGGAGUCGCCUUUUGUUGUCUUUUAUGGAGAGUCGUCCGAGUCGCACGAGACAGAGCUGAGGGGCAAGCUCAUCCUCACAAACCCAGAGUCGAUAUCCGUGCGGGGCGUUCGCAUCUCGCUGACGGGCACGCGCAAGGUCUCAUGGCAUUUGACCAACACGGUGAGCCCGCAGCCCAUUGCGCACAAGACCAACUUCCUCGUCGAGCACGUGAACCUCUUCCCCCACGAUGCGAGCAAGCACAAGGCACACAAAAUCAACGCCGGCUACCAUGAGUGGGACUUCAGCUUCAAGAUGCCCAACAACCUCGACCAGAGCGUCGAGGGGCUGCCGACCAACUGGAUCGUCUACAACCUCAAGGCGACUGUCGAUCGAGGGUACAUGAGCAAGCAGCUCUCUGCCACAUCGCACAUCCGCGUCAUUCGCACCCUCGGCCGCGACCUGCUCGAGACGAUGCCCAUGGAGCAGAUCAACGAGGACAUCUGGGCGAAUAAGCUGGCCUACAAAAUCACGGUUCCGCAGAAGAACUACAUCGUUGGAACGCAGAUCACGGCAGACUUCGUCCUGAUUCCACUCCGCAAAGGCGUCGAGAUAGCGACGAUCAAAAUGGAGCUCAUCGAGUCCCGCCAGCUCUUCGCAGAUUACGCUGGCAGACGGAUAAGUCACCAGACGGACGUCCAGGUCGCUGUGACCGAAGGCGACAUGCCCCCAAAUUCAGCAAACAGGGUCCCCGAGGGCGUGGAAGAGGCAGAUGAAAUGUUUGACGAGUCGCAUCGCUUUUCCAUGACGUUGGACCUCCCCAAAUCGCUCAAAAACUGCCGGCAGUCGGUCGAUACGGAGAACAUUCGCCUCACGCACAAACUCCGGCUGUAUGUUAAUCUCAAGAAUCCUGAGGGUCACACCAGCCAGCUCCUCGUCAAGAACCACGUCCACCUGUUCAUUUCGCCGAACCUGCCUCCGAACGAAGACCAGAGCGUGGUCGUAGACAACGCCAUCAUCAGCCAGCAAGCCUUCCAAGACGAAGUCAACCAAAAUGCGCCCCCUACGUAUGGGCUGCAUCAGCUCGACGAGCUUUACAACGACAUCGACCCCGCCGGCUUCAUGACUCCCGGCGGCUACCACAGCAUGAUGAACAGCGGCGCCAACACGCCCUUCUACGCCCAAAGCCGCACCGGCUCCGCAGACGACCUCACAUCGCUCAACGCCGUCGCAAACGGCGGCGGGGCAUCUGCAGUAGCCCUCCAACACCGACUCCAGAAUCUCGACAUAUCACACCACGACCCGCCCACGCGCUUCCAGCCCCAACGCCAACAAUCCUCCGGCGAUAGCACGCCCGCAACAAACAGCGAACACGCCUACUUCGACCUCCCGCCGUCAAGUUACGACAUGGACGCCCUCGCGCGCACGCCCAGUUACAACACGGCUGUGCGCACGCCCGGUAGAGCGCCCAUGGUGACCGACGCCGCGCUCCCCAGCUACGAGAUUGCUACUUCGCGACCGGGAAGUCCGAGCAGGAGUAGGAGUAGUAGGGGCACGACGCCUAGUCCGGCGAGGAGUCUGGAUACAUUGACGGAGGAGACGGAGAGGAAUACGACGAUGAAUAGUCGAAGGCAGAGUCCGAGGGCGAGUGAGGAUGGGCGUGUUCGCACGUAA